ACAUGUGACUAAGUGAGAGAGGGGCCACAGGGGAGAGCUGAGGCGCCCAUGCCUGUUAUCUGCUGCCGGGCGCCUACCUACAGUUUCUACAGGAUCUGGCUCCUCAGCUCCUCCACACAGCGAUGCGGAGUAGGCGGGUCAAGUAGAAAAAAAACGGCGCUGGGGUGGAAUUCAUAACGGGAUAUUUAACCAUCUUCGUGGGGCGGCUGUCUCCGUCCCGGUAUAGCCGCAUUCCGCCGCAUCCGUCCGACAGUGGACCCCGCCGGUUUCUGGCUGAAACAAAUGCGCAAACGCGUCUUUUUAAUCUUCUAAUCGACAGCCCCUUUGCGCUCCUUGAGUCUCUCUCCUCCUCCUCCUCCGCCUCUCUCUCCUCGUCUCUCCUCUUGACUACAUCUCCUGCUGGAUGAUUUCAUUUUGUAAAGUCAUUAUCCUCAGAAAGGUCAAAGCCUCUUCUUCUAGGAUCGCUGAAAUACACCGGGAUAAGCCGACUUUUCACCCCCAGCGAAAGUCAAAGUUUCUCACUGGUGUAGAACCGUGCGACGGAUUGGUCCGGAGCAGCCUUAAUUCCUCACCGAUCACUUUUAUCUCUUUUCGGAUCCCUGAGUGUGUACUAGUGUUUUUUGGAGUGCCGUUUUUUUUCUCCGCGGAGUUGCUAUUGAACCCCGACAAACUGUGAAAUGAGUUCGGCAGUUGAGAGUCAGCGAGAUUCAGCAAGAGAAUGGGAAAUACCCAGUUAAACUUUAUCUGCUGUUCCAAACCGCGGUGUUCCGGGGGCGUUGAGGUGAUGCAGGUCCCCCGGUCAUCCCAGUGGAGGAGCCAGCUAAUGACGAGCGGCUUUGGCUGCUGAACGCCCCCCACCAUCACCACCCUCAUCCCUCCCUCGCUCCCUCCAUCUCUGAUGGCUCUAUGGGGCGUCAUCAGCCUCAGCCUUCACUGCUGGGUGUGUUUACGGUCUGCAGUAAUAGCAGCAGCAGCAACAGCCAGCCUCCCCAAUGACAAGCCCGGAGGCCCCCUGGACUGGCUCCUGUCUGAUAAAGGGCCCUUCCACCACUCCCCAGAGUACAUCGACUUUGUGGAGAAGAACCGACAAGGCUUCUCCACCAGAUACAAGAUAUACAGGGAGUUUGGGAGAUGGAAGGUGAACAACUUGGCAGUGGAAAGGAGAGAUUUCUUGGAGUCUCCGUUACCUCUAACUCCUGAGUUCAUCAGGAACAUUCGACUCCUGGGCCGUAGGCCCACCACCCAGAUGAUCACUGACAAUCUGAUCAGGAAGUAUGGGACACACUUCCUGUUGUCAGCUACACUGGGAGGAGAAGAGGCCUUAACGAUAUUUGUGGACAAAAGGAAACUGAGUAAGAAAGCAGAGGUGAGCGAUUACUCGGGUAACUCCUCCACUGUGACUCUGGAAGCUCUGCACCAGCUGGCUGCCUCCUACUUCAUCGACAGGGAGAGCACUCUGCGCAAGCUGCACCACAUCCAGAUCGCCUCCACUGCCAUCAAGGUGACAGAGACCCGCACAGGUCCUCUUGGAUGCAGUAACUAUGACAACCUUGACUCUGUUAGCUCCGUGCUGGUUCAGAGCCCUGAAAACAAAGUCCAGCUGCAAGGCUUGCAGGUGAUCCUUCCAGACUACUUGAGGGAAAGUUUUGUGCAGGCUGCUCUAAGCUACAUAGCCUGUAAUGGAGAGGGUGAAUUUGGCUGCAAGGACAACGACUGCUGGUGCAACUGUGACCCCAAGUUCCCAGAGUGCAACUGCCCUUAUAUGGACAUCCAAGCCAUGGAGGAGAGCCUGGAGAGGAUCACAGAGACAUGGGGGAUCCUCUAUAAAGAAUUUGAGGAAUCAGAUGAAUUUAAGGCGUUCUAUGCGAGGCUGCCCCAGAACUAUUUCCUGAAUGUGUCAACAAUCCAACACUUGUGGUCGAUGGACAACCUGUUCCAGUGGCGAUAUGAGCAGCUGGAGAACAGCAUGCGGGUCCUCUCCAAACGAGCCCAGAGAGUCAUCUUCAAGCUAUUCAGUCUCAGUAAAAGAUGUCACCGACAGCCCCAAGUCCGCCUGCCAAGGGAACGGCCUCAGUCCUACUGGCUGAGUCAUUUCCAGUCUCUCCUGUAUUGCUCAGAGAACAACCAGCUUGGCGCAUUCUCUGAGGAGCUCCACAGCUGCAGCUGUCGAUACGAACACAGCCCCUGUCAGCUGCCACCGCCUUGCUCUGUUGGGGAAGGCUCGGCUUGCGCAGCAUGUGCACCAGACAACCAUACCCGCUGUGGGAGCUGCAACCCGGGCUUCGCCCUGACGCAGGGGGCCUGCAGGCCCAUGGUGGCAGACUCUACGGAGAACUACCUGGGAUUCGAGACAGACCUCCAGGAUUUGGAGCUGGGCUACCUACUGCAGAGAGCUGACCGCAGGCUGGAGGUCCACGCAAUCUUCAUCAGCAAUGACAUGCGACUCAACAGCUGGUUUGACCCAUCAUGGAGAAAGAGGAUGCUGCUGACCCUGAAGAGCAACAAGUACAAGUCUAAUAUGGUCCACAUGCUGCUGGGAAUAUCCCUCCAGAUCUGCCUUACAAAGAACAGUACCCUGGAGCCUGUCCUCACUCUCUACAUCAACCCAUUUGGAGGGAGCCACUCGGAGAGCUGGUACAUCCCUGUCAGUGAGAACAAUUUUCCAGACUGGCAGGCCACCAAACUGGACCUACCCUUUGAGUGCUAUAACUGGACUCUGACACUGGGCAACAAGUGGAAGACGUUUUUUGAAACCAUUCAUAUCUACCUUCGAAGCAGGAUAAAGACUCAAGAUGGAGUGAAUGACAGCAUUUAUUAUGAGCCUUUAGAGGUGACAGAUCCUGCUCGGAACCUGGGCUAUAUGAAGAUCAACAGCAUCCAGGUCUUUGGCUACAGUAUGCACUUUGACCCAGAGGCAAUCCGUGACUUGAUUCUGCAGCUGGAUUACCCAUACACCCAAGGUUCCCAAGACACAGCCAUGCUUCAGCUCUUGGAAAUACGAGACCGGGUGAACCGGUUGUCACCUCCGGGUCAACAGAGGUUAGACCUGUUUGCUUGUCUUCUGCGGCACCGGCUCAAACUGACUGCCAGCGAGGUGGUUCGAAUUCAUGCCUCCUUACAGGCCUUCAGUUCACGUCUGCCCAAUUCAAUGGAUUACGAGACCACCAAGCUGUGCAGUUAACAGCUGCUUGAUGGGAGAUCUGGACUGCACAUGGCCUCAAGGAGAACUCCUGGCCAUAAGAAUUGUGCUCAUUGUGGGGCAAAUGGUUACAGUCUCUAUGGAUUACCAAACUGUAUGGUAAAUCAGGAGAGAAAUCAGAAAGAAUGUACUUGUCUGGUUUUUUUGGUUUCUGUUUUGUGGCAACUACCUUCAGUGCUAUGUCAUAAAGAAUGAGGUGGAUCAGCGAGAAAAUGCACAACUGUUUCACAAGAAGAAAUUAAAAAUUCUACAGUAGAAAUUCAGAUAUCGCUAUAUAAAAGUUGAACCAUCCUGUUUCAAUAUGACUCUGCUCAUUUAUACUGUAAGUACCAAUGCCAAAUGAAUGGACAUUUUACGGUAAAUGGUACAGUCUGUUUGUUUGUAAUUUUUAUAUGUUCCUUUUGCUUCAGUGACAGUGCACUUUCCAUGAAGACCAGAAUACAGUGGUGUCAGUCAAGAUUUUGUAGAUAAAUUGAUAUUAAAACAUCAUGUUAUAACAGAUUCCAGCUGUUGGAAUAUUUUUCAUGAUACUUUUAACUAGCUUUCUUCUUAUUUUAGAAUACACCAAGUUUUACAAAUGAGAGUCAGAGUAAAUGAUUUGUAUCUAAGUGAUCCACCCACACCAAUGUAAUUAUAUUUAGAUUAAUUAUUUUCUGCAAUUACUUCCACGUGUUUCAACAUCUUUUGCUCACUUCACUUAACAGAAAUUCACAAAUUUUGUUCCAACCACAAACAUCCCUAGACAUCUGAUUACAAAAGCACUCUUUUACUACAUUCACAGUAGCAGGGCAAACAAUAUGUCUCAUUCUUUCAAACAUAAAUCUCAUUUUGGAAGCGUUACUUACUCAAAUUUGACCAUGGUGCAUAGAAACAAUAGCCUCCUUUUUAGUAUUGUUGUAUCUACUGACAUUUAAAAUCCUUAUGAGCAAACUGGUUGUAUUGUGAGGGAACAUAUUUGUUCCCCAUAUCUUUGUUAUGCUAUGAAACCAUUAAGUUCAUUCUUUGCCAAAUCUAAUACAGUAAUGCACACAACAAAAUGCAGCAUUGCAGUAAGUAAAGGGUAGAGUACAGCUACAGUUCAUGACUUGAGUCCAGGUCCCACAGUUGUUGAGUGCCGGUUCCAGGCCAUAUUAAAACUUACUAGGCCUGUGACAGGUUUGAGAAUGUCAGUGUUAAAGUGUAUUUUGUGUAUAUGAAAUAGUUCUGGCUGCCACUUUUAGUCUCUAUCUUGCAAUAUCUCUGCGAUGUAUUUGGCAAGUGACAUCAGCUCAACUCAAAAGAUACAUUUUAACCAAUGGAGCUGACUACUGUAUACCAGCUGUGUAGUGGCAUGUGCCUCAUUCACUCUAUGUAACCUGUAGCCUGUUUCCAACACUUUCAACACUCUUUUUUUGACUUACGUAAACACAUAUGCUUGUGUAUUGAGCUGUGAGGUCUGUCAAACAUUUCUUGAGUUCACAGCAGUACUGAGGCUUAACAGAUCCAGUGUAGACACUGACAGAGGACAGCAGCUGCUGAUAUUGUGGGGCUGACUUGCUGCUUCCGCUGCAUGGCCGGUUUAGACAAGGUGACGGGACCAAACACCAAUUAAGCUCAGGCAGCACACAGCCCUUUCUGUCCAAGACAAGUGCAUAGCAGCUCGACAAACUGUUGUUAAAAUGUGCCUGCGAGACAGUUUGUGUGUGGUCGAAUCAGUGUGACGAAGUACGCUGUGAAGGAGAAGAAGCAAAUAAGAGCUUUACUUUGUAGUGUGUUUUUUUUUUCUUCUAUAAUGUAAGCGUGACCACAAUCUUUCCUUAACCUUUAUCCAGUUGUUUUACUGAACUUGACAACACGCUGAACAAAUUACCAUAACUACCAGAUCUACUGGAAUAUCAGUUUAUUUGCCAUGUUCACAAUGCCUCUGUGACUUUAAGUGGGAGAUUAAACUUAAGUACUCUUUACUUGCCAUGCACUAAUACUUUAGGGAUAACCAAUGGCAGAGGUGCAUUAAGACAGUUUGACAUCAUCUUUAGCUUGAAACCCACGAUUGUCCAGUGCACAGAGGCGGCAUCACCCACUCUGGUAUACCUCUAUUCUUCUUGAUCUGACAAGUGUUUCCUGAUGAGACAAAAGGGUUAAGGUUUAAACAUAAACUUCAAACGGCCAGGCUAAAAUAUGUAGGUCCUUUUUUGGGCAUCAUAAUGUUUCAAGUUUAAUUAUGAUUUUUUUUAUGUUAAAGCGAUACAAACUUUUUUUUUUUACAAACUUUUAGUUCAGUCACUGCUCAAACUCUGUUGUGUUUCUGUACAGUAGGUAAAAUACUUUCUCUGCAUUAUUAUUAGGUAUAAGAUGCCACCUCUAAUCAGUCCUUUGGUACGUGCCUUAGUGACACUGCAGACCAAAGGGAAGUCAAGCCUGUGAAGGUUAACAGUCAUCACCUCAAUUUGUCUGCUCCUCCUAUCAACUCCAACUCAUGUCAAAAGCUACGUUGGACGAGGGCUGUACAUGGAUGAGUAGUGUUUGAUGAGAUGUGUGAGUGGUGGCAUGCAUUACCAAAUGUCAGCACGUCUUUUCCUGGAUUUGGCUGUGUCAAUUAUGAAGAGUAAAUGAUUUACUGCAGCAUGACAAGAACAGGCCUAAAGAAUGAGAGAGAGCACCUGUGGUUGUGUUUGUGAGUCUGUGGUGACUUUGUUUUAACUUUGAGGUCACUAAAUGUCCAUAAACGGUCUCCCACAGGUAGUUAGCUUACCCUUGUUGUCAAACCUUUUUCAGAACUCUGUGCACAAGAGGGAAAGAGAUUGCAACAGGAAACUGCAGGAGUAAAACGUUAAUACAUUUUACCCAUCUUCACAAAAAAAAAGAAUUAAACAUCCACACAUUCUGAGUAAUUAGGGAAAGGGAUGGUGGUUUUCAAAGAAAAAUGGAAAUGGAGGACUGAAAAAUAAUUCUGCCAUCCCUGCAGUACAUGUUCCUCCUCCAGCAAAAUAAAAAGAUCCCAAGGUAGCAUAGCAUAAUUAUGAUGUUUAACAGCACUCUGCUCAUUGUGCAAUUACCAGACUCGGUUCUAAAAACCCGUCCUGCAGAGGCACCUAGCCAUAAUACAUUACUGUGAGCUUGAUAAUAGCUCAAUUUUUCAUUCUACUAGUACAUACAUGCAGCCUCCCUUAUGACAGUUUGAGUGGGUGGCAAGAGGGGAGCUUUGAUUAGAUACACUCUGACCUUUAGUAGUCUGUCAAUCAAAGGUAUCAGAGGCAAGAAAAGCCCCUUUUGAUUCUCUGUAAAUCUGUUUGAUUAAAUUAUCUGUUUGUGAUUUACUGAA